AUGGUUGAGGUCGACGACGAUCAAUUAGGAAAAUUGAAAACCCCCAACCCAAGCGACGAUCAAUCCUUAAUUCGGAGGCUGAGGAAUGAAGAUGGUGAUCGUAAGGUCUCCAAGGGAAGCAAGAAGAAGAGGCAGUUGAUAAGGAUAGAGAUCUUGCCUUUGGUUCUAUCCAACGACAGUGAGGUCAGUGGCGAUGACUUUGAAGGCGGUGUGCACGGAGGAAGGGUGGGUCAGUGGGGGUGUGGGAAGAGACAGUCAGUUUGGGGUUUCUGCGACGUUGAGUAUGUACUAGUAAAUAUCUCCAAAAUCGGAUAUGAACUCGUAAAUGUCCUUGUAGGUUUGGGAUUUCCUAUAGUUUGUCCUAAAUAUUUUUCUCCAGCACUAGCACCAUCUCCCGCUCCCAAGCCACAAUCCACCAUCUCCAUGUCGAGAUCUCCAGUACUAGCACCCAUCUCCCGCUCCCAAGCCACAACCUAG